CAGCAGUGUCAUAACACUUGACACACUAUGCAACAUCAUUCUGAAAUCAAGAAUCUCCUCUAGUUGACGUUGGAGGGCGAAUAGGCCCGUGGCCUCAUUAAGGGUCUGGCCUGGAUCAAGCCCAACCCAAAUAAGAUCUCAUGAUUCUUUUUAUUGUAGCAGGCCAUAAAGUGAGCAUGUCACAAGUUCUCGUAUCUUUGUAUUAAUGCUAUGCCACAGAAGGGCAGAGACACAGGAGCAAAAUGCAACUAGCAUCAGUGGCACCCACAGCUGCUUCUCUCUCUAAACAGGUUUUGGAGCGGAAUAACUUCAAGAUUUUUGGGGAGCAUGAAGCAAAUGGCAACUUGCACAAGCCAGAUAAGGUGAAGCUGUUGAGAUUCUUGGCCCCACAUCUUGUGGCUGCAGUUGUAGCCUUAUCUCCCAUCUCCAAUCCUCCUGUGUCAGCGGGGGAGACACUACAUGUGCAUAAAGGCGCCACCUUGUUCCGGCGGUCUUGCAUCGGAUGCCAUGAUGCCGGAGGAAAUAUAAUACAGCCUGGCGCGACGCUAUUCUUGGACGAUCUUAAAAGAAAUGGAGUUGAUACGGAAGAGGAAAUAUAUCGAGUUACAUAUUAUGGGAAAGGAAGAAUGCCGGGGUUUGGAGAGAAUUGCACACCUAGAGGUCAAUGCACAUUUGGGCCUCGAUUGAGUGAAGAUGAGAUUAAAUUAUUGUCCAAUUUUGUGAAGUCUCAGGCAGAUCAAGGUUGGCCCAACAUACAAAAUCAAGGUGAUUAGUGGUUUUUAUAUCGUUUCCUAUUGUAAUUAACACGCUACUUUUUGUUAAUAUUUUAUGUCAAUGAAAUUUUCAUUUCCUAAUGUUAGAAAAA